AUGGCCGAGGAAAGUGGCAGCUUGCACGUUCCGUUGGAUGUGCGGCGGGUCAUGCUGCGGGCUUUCACAAAGAAACGACACUUGCAGCUCCAAUCAGAUGCCGUGCAGUUCAUGUACAGAACAUUGGAGGAACAUGACCUGCUUGUGGAUGAGGAUGCGACAACCGAGGCUAUUGAUGCUCUAGCAAGUGCUCUGGUCGAUCAGCAUGUGGCCGGUGCCAAUAUUGCCGGGUUUGAUGGGCAUGUCGUCACUGCGCAGGCGCUACAAAAAGUGUACGAUCAACUGCUUGUAGAGUCGGCGGACGAUGCGAAUGCCAAUGCGAUGCCUUUGACGCAAGGUUCCAUACCUGAUCUGGCCAGAUAUUUCAGUGUCUGUGACGCCUUUCAUCAGCCAUAUAUUCGGUUUCAUGCUCCACGGCAGGUGUUUGAGAAGGUUGGCCGGCGUGGAUCACUCUUGUCGGGAGCUCAGGCGCCCAGUGCACACAUGGAAGAACGAUAUCAGCUCUUGCGCAGUAUUGUGCUGCGAAAUGAGCAUUUUUUGCCGGCACUUACGGGACCAACGUCCUCGCGAUCUUCUAUGAUGCAGCUCACGACAACGAAGCAUUUACUUGGUCGUCAAGGCGAGCAUUGCUUGCUUUUUGGACGACUGUCUACCUCGGCAGACGGCACUUAUAUCCUGGAAGACACUGAAGGAUACGUGCCGUUGGAUCUCCAGCAAGCUGUCGCGGGUGAAGGCAUCUUUACCGAGGGUGCCUACGUCCUGAUCGAAGGCGAGUACACAAACUCGGAGCAGUUGCGUGUGUGGGCGAUGGGACAUCCGCCUAGUGAGCGCCGCGAGGAUGCACGCCAGAUUGCUGGACACUUGGACUGGUACGGCACGGGUGCUGUGCCCACGAAACAUGUGUCGGCCUUGCGCGCCCAAGAACUUCAACACCCUGAUGUGUGUGUGACUGUGCUCUCGGACGUCCACCUGGACGAUCCGGUCACACUUGCGCAUCUUCGUGCCAUCCUCCAAGGGUACCAGGAUGCAGACUUUGUACCUCUAGCCAUUGUUCUGUGUGGUCACUUUUCAUCUACGCCUGUGGAAGUCGAUGGUGCUCUAGAGACAUACGCUGCGUCGUUUGCUCGUCUCGCUGACAUUAUGACCCGUUUCCCCCGCCUACUUGAAUCCUGUCAUUGGGUGUUCGUGCCAGGUGCACGCGAUCCAGCAGCUACGCCACUUCUCCCACGACCGCGUAUUCCAGCGCCACUCGUAGAGCGGUUCGAGCGUCGUCUUCCGCGCGACUUUUGUGAAACGCGCCUGCAUUGGAUGAGUAAUCCGUGUCGCUUGGUAUACUUCUCGCAAGACAUUGUGAUUUUCCGCGAUAACAUCAUGAGCAAGAUGCUUCGUAGCGCGAUGCUGCUCAAAGAUCAUCUCGAGGCAGGCGACUUGCAGAAGUAUCUGGUGUCGACGCUGCUGGAUCAGGCGCAUCUGUGUCCGUUGCCGCCGCAGGUGCGCCCAAUUCUUUGGGAAUACGCUCAUGCACUACGUUUAUACCCCAUGCCAAGUGCGGUACGUCUCAAAGCUGAGCCAUCCUAA